AGACUGAUGCACCACAAGAUAAAAAGAGCAUUAUAGUUAUAUAAGAGAGUUAAAAAUUUAAAGUGUCCAAUUGUUGAAUAAAUCUCAAGAUGUGGAAAAGUGCCAUAGCAAUUUUAGCUCUUCUGGCUCUCUCUGAGGCCGUCGACUGGUCUGCAGUGAGGCCGGCGUUCAGGGUUAAAUCCAGUCCCCUGCUCAGAAAAGCCUAUAACAAAAAAUCGUCAAAAAUUAUUGGUGGAUCUCUCGCCACCGCUGGUCAGUUCCCUUAUAUUGCCGCUGUUUUAAAUAAUGGAGUUGAAUUUUGCGGCGGAGUCCUCAUUUCUGAUUACACUGUCCUCACCGCUGCCCAUUGCACCACUGGAGGAGUCUAUUAUGAAGUCAUUCUCGGUGCUCUGAACUACAACAACGCGGCUGAACCCGGCCGCCUUGUUGUGACCGCGACCAAAGUCAGGGUUCACCAGGCCUACGACGAUUUCACUUUGGCCAAUGACAUCGCCGUCAUUGAGUUCGAUUCGAGGAUCAACCUCACCUCCACCAUUCAAACUGCACGUUUGCCUGGUUGGUCGCAAAACGGCUUGAAAUUCGAAGACAUCCCCGCACGCACCGCUGGCUGGGGAUGGACUUACGAAGGUGAAAACGCCAUCAACCCCGACCUGCUCUACGUGGACGUGACCACCAUUUACGACGACCUUUGCCUCGCCUACUACGGCAACCUUUACGACGCAAGUCAAAUUUGCAUCGACACCAGCUUUGGCACGGCCGGCACUUGCAACUCCGACGCUGGCGGCCCGUUGGUCAUUGUCGAUAGCGACGGUCUAGACACUGUGAUUGGAAUCGCUAACUAUGUCGCUGACGACGGCUGUGAAGGAGUUGGCCCUCAGGGUUUCGCCCGUCUCAGUGGACACCUCGACUGGCUCGAAGUCAACGGCGGUGUCAUUAUUAGAGAAUCGAUUACGAUGGUCUGCAUUAAAUUUUUGGUGACACUUUGUGUUCUUCUGGCAGCUGACAUAAAAGCGUUUUCCAUAAAUGAAAGAAUAAUUGGAGGAACUGUGGCACUAUCAGGACAGUUUCCAUAUCAAGCGGGCGUAUUUAUUGAUGAAACAAGAUUUUGCGGCGGCUCUUUGAUUUCUCCUCAAUAUGUUUUGACCGCAGCUCACUGCAUUCACAACGCUAACAGAUUUGAGAUUCAUCUGGGAAAUAAUGAGCGCACAAAUUUAAACGAGCCUGGGCUUUUUGUUGACGUCACGUUUGACAAAAUUGUGCAUGAAAAUUUUGACAUUGUCGGAAGCAAAAACGAUAUAGCGCUCUUAAGGCUCACAGCUCCUGUAUCACAGCCAAAUAUUGUCCCAAUUCUCUUGCCGACCUGGUCACAGGCAAACUCCACGCUUGAAGGAAAAAUCGGAAGAUUGUCUGGAUGGGGAACCAUUGACGAUACCAUUCCAUAUUUGAGCGAAUCCCUGCGAUAUGUGGAUUUGUUGGUUGUUCCCAUCCAAGAAUGCCAGAUAACUUUUAACGAAGAACUUGUGACCGAGUGCCACAUCUGCGUCAGCUCUGACGUGGGAACAAAAGGAUUUUGCAGUGGUGACACGGGAGGAGCUCUGGCUUUUGAAAACGACUCUUUGGAAUGGCAAGUGCAAGGAGUGAGCAGCUUCGGUCACCCUUUUGCCUGCGAAAAUGCAGCGCCUCAAGUUUAUGUGCGCCUCACCUGCUAUUUGCAGUGGAUUGCUGACAACUCUGAUAUUAUUAUUAAUAAUUAGCAAAAUAAACCAAAUAUUUAUUUUUAAAUUUUAUACAAA